AGCUGUACAGGCCUGCCUGCCGCGCAUGCCUCUCGCUGGCCGUCGCUUCCCGAUCCCGUGUUCUGAUCUCUGCUUGUAAAUCAUAAGUGGGAAAGCUGAGUUCAGUUGUAUAAGCAUUGUGUCUCUCUCACAUAUUUAGUCACACGUUAAAAAUUAAAUAGGUCGCUAGCACAAAGCUACACUUUAGGACAGCUGCUAUUCUUUGCUCUUCAUACUCUCAGUAUCAAGAAUGAAGGGGUGGGGGGGACCAAACCAAAAUGUGUUCUCUUUUAGAAAGGAGAAGAAGCAAUUUAUGUCAUAAUUCAUGGCACUCAUUUUCCCAAUGGAAUGCAAGUAGAAUGCCAGUCGGAUUAGAAAUGCAGGAUUUUCUUGGACAACUUUGCAAUUUUCAGUUUGGUAUAGACUUAAAAAGUAUAGGUGAUCCCACAUAAGAGACAAGCAUUGGGAGAAAAAUUGGAAGUUUAGUGACAAUAGGGUUCUCCUGCCAUAAGUUUGUCCUUUUCAGUGGUUGGACAGAAUGGCCCCUGAGAAGCAGUCAAAGAACAGGAAAUCUCUGAGAACAUCUGAGUGUCCACCAGAAAAAGAGGCAAAAUCAUUUGGUAAAAGGGAACGAGACUCUGGAGAACUGGAAAGUGAGCCACAAGCAAAGAAACUUAUUGUAAGAAAAGACCCCAAGAUUCUGGAGAAAACUGGGCAAGUUUCCAGUGGCUCGGUCAUCAGGCACAAAGGAGCACUCUUCUAUCAUAGAGAGAUACAGAGGAAUAUUGUCCAUUAUGUGCACCAGAACAUGCUGGGUGGUUCUAUUGGAGCACAGCUCAGGAAGUGUCUCCAACUGCCCUUUGUACGUUCUCUCAACUCGUACCGCCUGUUUCGAACAGCAAGUCCUUUUGAUAGGAGAAUUACAUGUUUGGAAUGGCACCCAAUGCACCCCAGCACAGUUGCUGUGGGCUCCAAAGGAGGAGACAUCAUCCUGUGGGAUUAUGAAGUGCUGCAUAAAACCUGCUUCAUAAAAGGGAAAGGUCCAGGAGACUCUCUUGGAGGCAUGAAAUUCAGCCCAUUUGACGCAAUGAAGCUUUAUGUGGCAUCAGGGGAUGGCACCCUUAGCCUACAGCAUCUUGAGGGCCAAGCAGGGCAGGUGAUCUCCCGCACCCCAGUCUGUGACCAUGAAUACCAUGAUGUAUGUUUCUGGUAUUGCAGCGUGGAUGUAUCUGCAACUUGCCGGACUGUAGUGACGAGUGAUAAUGUGGGCAACGUGGUCCUGCUCAGUACUGAGGGUGAAAAGAUAUGGAACAUGAAACUGCACAAAAAGAAAGUAAAUCAUGUGGAGUUUAAUUCUCGCUGUGAUUGGCUCCUGGCUACAGCCUCCUUAGACCAGACAGUCAAAAUCUGGGAUCUGAGAAAUAUUAAGGACAAGUCAAGUUAUCUUCAUGUACUUCCCCAUGAUAAACCUGUUAAUUCAUCUUAUUUCAGCCCGACAGAUGGUGCUAAGCUACUGACUACUGACCAGUACAAUGAAAUCCGGGUUUAUUGUUCUUCUGAUUGGUCAAAACCACAGCAUUUGAUUUCGCAUCCACACCGGCAAUUCCAGCACCUCACUCCUAUUAAGGCGACAUGGCAUCCUCGUUAUGACCUUGUUGUGGCUGGUCGUUACCCAGACCCUAAGUUCCCAGGCUACACAGUGGAUGAGCUGCGGACUGUUGACAUAUUUGACGGAAACAGCGGGGAGAUGGUGUGCCAGCUACAUAAUCCAAAUGCAUCCGGCAUCAUCUCACUUAAUAAGUUUAACCCGAUGGGAGACACACUGGCCUCUGGAAUGGGUUUUAAUAUUAUGAUCUGGAGCCGGGAUGAGAUGGUAACCAAGAAGCAAGAGUGUCUCAUGCAAGCUAUGACAGAGCAGGGAAUCGGAUGCAGGAGCUUAACUCGGCAAGGAGGGCAGAGGCGGAGGCAAUCAAACACAGGAACAAGCAAACUCAAAUCAAAACUACUCAGUCUGGAACUGGAGGAUACUAAAACAAAGGGCCAAGAGCGCAAAUUAAAGGAGAAAAGGAGGAGAGGAAAGGACGCAGAAGACUGAUCAGGCAAGCAUCUAUAGUGUUGAUUAAGCCAAGCCUGUACUCAUACAGUGGGCAACACUGGCCUCAAGGAGCAAGCUCAUUUCCCUAAUCCAGCUUCUCUGGAUCAUGAAUGAUAUGUUGCAAAAACAAGGCAUCUUUCACCUAAGGGCAAGGAAUGGGUUAAAUCGGGCCCAAAAGGGCAUUGUAUCUGUACAUACUUGCUGAUUUUUAAUUGUUUCGGACACAGUUCAGUGCAGUGAACUGGGGUAUGCUGACUGUUCAGUUUGUAUUUUCAGAAUGAUUUUCCCCUCCAGUGUAUUGAGCAGCCCAUUUUUCUCCUAUGCUGCGACCUCAAACGAGUUCUUUCCCUGCAAAGAAGAACAUGUAGAUUCUUUCCCAACAUUCCUUCCUCAAACAGAUGUCUUGAGGCUACUGUUAACUUAGGCAUUUGCUUGAAAGUUAGCUCAAAACUGCUUGGCUACGCUCUUAAAGAAGCUGGUUGCAUCUAAGGAGGGUGGCUGUAAAGGUUUUAUAUUGCUGCUGCUAUUGCAAUUUUCUUAUUGUUAAGCACCAAGAUGUUGAAUAAAGUGUGUCUGUCAUA